CUUCACGAAUGAAUACGCAUGUUAAUCUGCUAAAUAUAAAUCUGAUUAGCUUGUGUCAGGAGUCCUGACAGAAGGAAGAGGGUGAUUACACGAUCAUGUAAUUCCACUGUGAAUUAACCUGUAGUUAAAGCCCUCCACCCUCAAUUUCUUCAGACAGAAUAGUCAUUCUUUUUGACAACCAGAAGACUAGUUUAACAACUAGACGCCGAAUAAGUGGUACACGAGUAAAAACUACUCCGUAUCCCCAGUUAGCUCCUCACAAUGAUAUGUCGUUGGCUACGGCAGAUAAAUCGAAGUGAUUGCGACAGAAUGUAGUGUUGUAACUAGCUUCAAAUCAGCGAGUGUAGAAGUGAGUAAAUACAGAAUGUAUUUGAGAUUUACUAAGUCACAAGCAAGAUUUACACUAGUUCAAACAGUAAUUCUUAAGGGAAACUACAAGCUUGCACGACAAACACACGCACUUUGACAACGCAUUAAAUUGAGGAACAAUUCAUUAAUAUAAAGAUAUAACAGUCAUCGUAUUGCUUAUCGUAAGGAUUCCAGUCUCGUACAUACUUUCAUAUAGGCUUGGAUUAUAUUAAAUUUGGAAAAAUCAAAUCAACAAUACAUUUAAGUAUAAUGUACAUAAUUACAACGAUACUUGUUUCUGUUUUAGUGUGCAUCAUUUUAUUAUGGAUAAGAAGAAGAAAACAAAGAAUGACAUUGUUUCAACGUUACGGAAUUCCAGGCCCAAAACCAAAUUUCUUCUACGGAAAUUUAAUUGAAUUCAUUAAAGGGAGGGACAAAUGCAUAGAAAAAUGGCUACAGCAAUAUGGAAAAAUGUUUGGGUUUUAUCUAGGUGCAAAACCUUACUUAGUAUGCAGCGAUGUCGAAUUUUUAAAACUUUGUCAAAUAAAGGACAAUUAUAAUUUUUACAAUAAAGAUUGGGUGCUGCCAGAUAGUGGAUUUCCUCACGAUGAAUCUAAAAAUAUAGUUGGAAUACUAACCGAUAGGAAAUGGAAAAUACUAAGAAGUAUUAUUAGUACUUGUUUUACUACCGGAAAAAUUAAAAUGACGACUACUCUAAUGUCUUCGCCGAUAAAAGUGUUUCUAACAAACGUCGAGAAGCAAGGAGAUCAGCCGUUUGAUAUUUCAAAGUUGUGUAAAAAAUUGGUGUUUGAUAUCGUCUGUACUUCAGUUUUUGGCGUAACUACAAAUGUUCAAAACAAUGAAACUAGUAAAUUUGUUGAAUCGGCUCACGCUGCAUUUUCAGCUGAUUCUGCUGAUAUUUUAGCCGCAAUAACAAUUUGCUUUCCGGAAGUAGAGCCAAUGUGUACGUUUCUUCGACAUAAAAUAGAUACGUUAAAGUACAUGUUGAAUCUACCUUCUUUGACGUUGAUUUAUGAAACUUGUCAAAAAAUCGUCACCUCCAGGAAGAAAUUAGAUACUGUUCCACAUGAUAUGCUGCAGACACUCAUAGAUGCGGAAGAUGAAACAAUUGUAGAAAUGAAAAAACUUCCAGACAACUUUGUUAUUGCAAAUGCAAUGAUGUUUAUGGCUGCUGCAUAUGACACAACAAGUGCUACAAUAGGUUGGUGUAUUAAACAUCUCGCUAGUAAUCCUGAAAUACAAGAGAAAGUCCGUGAAGAAAUAAGAAGCAACGUUUCUGAAGAUAUGGAUAUCCAAUAUUCUGACUUGACGAAUUUUCAGCUGCUGGAUCAGGUUAUUUCAGAAACACUACGCUUCUGGCCUUUUUCUUUACUUGCAGUCAAUAGAAUAUGUUCAGAAGAUUACACUUAUAAAGGUAUAACCAUUCCUAAAGGUAGUAUUAUAACGGUUCCAGUACAAGUGCUGCAAAGUGAUCCAGCUUAUUGGACUGAACCUGAGAAGUUUAAUCCUUACAGAUUUUCGUCUGAGGAACGAAGAGAAAUUGACUCGAUCAUAUACCAACCAUUUGGAGCAGGGCAUAGAAUAUGUAUUGGACAGAGGCUAGCAAAAACAGUAAUAAAAUUAGUGUUGGCAAAUAUCCUGAGAUCAUUCAAAUUAGAAAAAUAUGGAGAUGAUGAUGAAAUGGUGUAUACCCUAUUUUUGAGUCAUCCUAAAAAUGGAAUAAUGAUUAAAACAACUCCAUUAGCUUCGUGAUUUAUUAUAAUCUUUUAUUUUUACGCUUAAAAAAGAAAUAAAGAUAAAGUUUA